AUGGCUUCCCACUUUAAAAGGUGCCGCUGGAAUAAUGCGCAGAGAUCGUCGUCGGCGGACCAAAUCUCUGUCGCCGUCGCUGCUUCUGAAAUCAUCGGCUGCAACGCCGACCUGGUUGUGGAGAUCCUUCGGCGUCUGCCGCCGAAAUCCGUCCUUCGAUUCAAGUCAGUUUCUAAAGCAUGGCUCUCUCUCAUCUCCAGUGGUCGCUUCUGUCUCCUCCACUGGCAACAGCAGCAUCCACAAUCUCAUGAUCCCAAAAUCGCCGGCCUUUUCUUAACCGGUAAAUACGGAUCUGAAUUCAUCAAAUACAUUCCUCUCAUUCACUCUGAAUUGAAGAAUGGAUGUAAUAGUUCUACUAUUACUAUUAAUGCCGAAGAUGUAAAGCAGUCACUCAGUGCUCACUUUCCUGACAUUACUAGUACUGUCAUAGAAGACUCUCGUAAUGGUUUUGUACUCCUCUACUUAGUUCAAAAGCAUCAGAAUAGGAUGUCGUACCAUGUUUACAAUCCCACUACAAAGAAAUUACGCACUCUUCCCGGGCUCUUUUAUCUUUCUGACUCUUUAUAUAUGAUUUUUGAUCCUUUGAAAUCACCUCACUACAAAGUUGUUUUACUUAAAACUAUACUAAAUUGUGGUGCCUACUCGUGUUAUGUACAUAUUUAUUCCUCACAAACCCAUGCCUGGCGGGCGGCACAACCCAAUAUUGGUGAUCAUCAUCCUUUUAGGGCACCAUUAAGUGUGCAUUUCGGUGAUGGAGUCUAUUGCAAUGGUUCCAUCCAUUGGAUUUCCUUCUCCCAACUAUCACAACAACCUUCCCUAUACUUUGAUGUUGAUCAAGAAAGAUUCUGCCCAAUGCCAUCUGCACCAUUUCAGCCUGUUACUGUUCAACGCUGGUAUUUUGGAGAGUCCAGAGGUCAUUUGCAUCUUAUUGAAUAUUGUGAUGGUACUGGAUUUAAUGCCAACAUCUUUGAGAUGGAAAGCGACUACUCCAAGUGGUCAUUGAAGUACCGGGUUAGGCUUAACUCCAUGAUGAAUGAUCUAAUUGCAUCAAAACCGGAGAUGGUUGUCCACCCUGAGACACUCACUGUGCUUGGUUUAAUUCAUGGAGAAGAUGACGGGGAUGUGUUUUUGGUGAUAUUUGUAGACCCAACUAUGAUCAUCUCCUACAACAUUAAGGAUAACACCUUUAAGAAGCUAGAUGAUGUAGCGAGCCUUCCUGUUUCUUCUCCUCCUAGGCCUUCGUGGCGUGUCCAACGAAACAUUGAGAACAUCUUUCCUAUUUGA